AUGAGAAUCGAACCUGGUACCUCUAGGUUACCAGCUAGGGACUUUGUUUUGCGGGUUUUCUAUGCUUUGACAAUGGCAGCUACUAUUAUAACUCAAUCGAGCACCUUCGCUCUUGGCACGACCAAAGCUACAGCUGCAACUGCAUCCAUCUUUUCGAUUAUACACCGCGAGUCCAGGAUUGACCCGAGCGAUGAGUCGGGAGAGACACUGGAGAAUGUGAAGGGAGAUAUCGAGCUACAUCACAUAAGCUUUGAGUACCCUUCCAGGCCAGACAUUCAAAUGUUCCGUGACCUUAGCCUGGCCAUUCACUCCGGAAAGGGAAAGGAUACUGUUGCCUUGGUUGGUGAAAGCGGGAGCGGGAAAUCAACAGUUAUUGCUUUACUGCAGCGAUGUUACGAUCCCGACUCCAGUGAAAUCACACUCGACGGGAUCACUAUUCAGAAGCUGCAGCUGAGGUGGUUGAGGCCGCAGAUGGGUCUAGUCAGCCAAGAACCAGUUCUAUUCAACGACACAAUUCGGGCAAAUAUCGCAUACGGCAAAGAGGGAGAUGCUACGGAGUCGGAAAUCCUUGCUGCGUCCGAACUGGCGAAUUUCCACAAGUUCAUAAGUGGAUUGCAACAGGGAUAUGAUACAGCAGUGGGAGAACGAGGAGUCCAGCUCUGGGGUGGUCACAAGCAGCGUGUGGCAAUAGCACGGGCCAUUGUCGACAAUCUGAAGAUUCUACUGCUCGAUGUGGCCACAAGCGCACUGGAUGCCGAGUCAGAGAAGGUGGCUCAGGAGGCGCUUGACCGAGUCAUGGUGAACAGGACCCCCGUUGUGGUGGCACACCGGCUCUCUGCGAUCAAGGAUGCUGACUUAAUCGCAGUGGUUGAGGACCGAAUAACCGUCGUGAAGGGAAAACACAAGACGCUGACAAAAAUCAUGGGCGGGUUUUAUGCAUCUCUAGUUGCUCUUCACACAAAUGCCUCGACUGCUUAGAGCUACAGAUAACGAGCAGCAUAUGCCUCCUCUAUGAAGAAGAUGACGAACAUCGACAUAGAUAAUGUGUUGUACACUCGGUGAUAACUGAUGCGGCUUCAGUGCGUCUGUUUUUCACGAUUCGAUUAAUAAAAUCUCUAC